GAAAGAGUUCACUGGGUAUGCAGAACACAAGCAGCAUUUGAUGCAUCCGGCCUCAUUUUUUCUUUUUUCUUUUUUUUUCUGAGCGAACGCUGGUUCUUGGAAUCAUGUGUCAUUUCUGCCUCCCGGAGCAGCUCAGCUGAGAGGCUCCGCUAUCAGGAGGGAACAGACACACACACACACACACACACACACACACACACACGCACACCCACACACACACACACGCACACAAACAAACACGCGCACGCGUACACACACCAAAGAGCCCCGGAGAUGAGCACCGAGACAAACACAACUUCAGCCAGAAGUAGGAAGACUGUGGGAUAGGGACGCUUUCACCAGGGAUUUCAAACCCAUGGUGGAAGAAACAUCCAGGAGCAGGGGGAUGUCGGUGAAGCUGCGGUUCGAAUACCCGUCGGACAGCGGCGCGAUGCGGAGGAGCCGCUCCCUCACAGGAUUCAGCUCGCUGAACAGCCACCGCCGGGUCUCCUCGGUGAGAAGCUCGCUGCGGUCCAAAGGCACGGCCCGGAAAAGUUCCAGAAUCCCUCACUCCACGGGCCGGGUGGGCAGCACCCUGUGGGGCCCGCAGCCCGAGCAGGUGGACAAAAUAUUCCAGGCCCUGCGCAAGGGGCUCAAGGAGUACCUGGAGGGCCAUCAGGGGGAGAUGGACUUCCUCUCCUCCCAGCAGAAGGACAGCAGAAGGAACUCCAGACUGGCUUUUCUAUAUGAUCUAGAAAAGGAGAUCCGAGCUUUGGAGAGGUACAUGCGGAGGCUGGAGUUCCACAUCAGCAAGGUGGAGGAGCUGUAUGAGACCUACUGCAUCCAGUGGCGACUGUGCCAGGGAGCGGUGAACAUGAAGAGGGCCUUCUCCCUGUCCCCCUCCUCACGGGCGUCCAGGGACAGCCUGCUGGAGCUCAGCCGCAACCACCGGCACAGUCUGGAGGACAUGUGUGUCAUGGAGGGAGAGCUGGAGAUUCUGCUGGGGGAACUGCACAUAAAGAUGAAAGGCUUGAUUGGUUUUGCUCGUCUUUGUCCUGGGGAUCAGUAUGAGGUUCUGGUCCGUCUGGGCAGGCAGAGGUGGAGGAUGCGCGGGGAGAUCCAGACGGACGACCGGCAGUCAUGGGACGAAGAGGAGAUGGUCUUCCUCCCCCACAUCCACGAGAACUUUGAAAUAAAGGUGACGGAGGUGAAGGGGCUGGGCUCGGUGCUGGUGGGCGUGGUCACCUGCCAGAGCGCCGACUUCUUCACCUCGCAGCCCCAGAUCAUGGUGGUGGACAUCACCGAGCUGGGCACCAUCAAGCUGCAGCUGGAGGUGGUGUGGAACCCGUUCGACAGCGCGGAGAUGCGGCCCGUCACCAGCGCCUCCAGCAAGCUGUCGGUCCACAGCCGGAAGGGCUCCCUCUACAGCUGGACCCCCCCGAACACGCCCAGCUUCACGGAGAAGUACUUCAUCUCCAUGGCGAAGCAGUUUCAGGACCCCGACAGUUCGUUUCCCCUGAUUCGGAAGGAAUCGCUGGGCGUGUCCCUGCUCAGCUACAUGUCCGACUCCACCCAGGCCUUCUCCCAGUCCCUGUGUGGGGAGGAAGAGGAGGACACGUGCGUGGAGGAGGCCCAACGCUCGAGGGAUGAUCCAGAUCAGGACAGCCCCAGGGAGACAGGGGACCACUGGCCCCCCGAUCCCAACGCGGGACCCCCGACCCCUGGGGAGAGCCAGCCCAGUUCGCCCUUCCCCCCGCAACGCUACAGCACCCCCGACAUCCUCAAACAGAAUGGCCUCGCCCCCUCCGGAGACACCGCCAUGGGGGCGGAGCCAGUGGGCCCAGCCCCUAGGAGCGGCGGCCUGAGGAGGGCCUCGGCCCGGCGGAUUGGCACGCUACUCAGGGAACUGCAGGGGGCUCUGCACGGCAAAGACCAACCCCAGAGGGAGCUACAGAGGCUGGAGAAGACCAUCAUCAACUUCCAUAAUGUCUUAAAAAAUGAUCUUUACCUGCAUAAGACCACCUCUACCGAGACCCUGGCUGUGGAGGAGGUCCUGGAAAGUUUUGACUUCCUGUCCACGGAUUUUAACGCGGAUGAGAUCUCCUGCCUGGGAAGUAUUCGGCUGAGAGACACAGGGAUUGGCUCCUUCCAGGAGAACACUUUGCGGAGCCUGGGGCUGCUGCCACAGGACACCUCGUCACCUGAGGAGUCGGAUGUGGCCCCCCUUACCACAGGGAAUUCCAGUCUAGAUCAGGCUCUGGAAGUGCACCUGGAAACCUGCAAAAUCCUGCUGCAGCAAAUGGAGGCCACAGGCUCUGCUCUUGCCCAGAAGGAACUUUUGGAAGAGCUGUCACUACAAUUGGAAACAUUAGAGAGGAUCAGCAAGCUGUCCUUAGAGAAGAAGAUUGACUCCUACGCAGCAGCAGACAUCGUUCCAAAGGCACAGAAACAGAAGGGGCUGCUCGCCCUCUGGGAGGAGAGCACCAGCGGAGACGCCGUCUUCUGCUGCUCAGCAGAAACGCUGGUGAAGAUGCUGAGGAAGCGCUUCAUCCACAAAGUCAAAGCCAAGCAGCCAGGCCAGGCAGACGCAGUGUUCUCGCUGCUCCUGAAGCAGAUCCAGGCCAGCUGCAGGAUGGCCCCCGCACCCCCACUAAAGGCCCAGCAUGUGACCGCAUUCCAGCUCUUCAACUACCUGAGCAGAUGGGGCCUGUCGGACUUCGGAGAGCACAUCUCUCAUCUCGCUAAGGAAGUGCACCUGCUGGGGGCGCUGGAGGGCCCGGAGAGGAGGCGGGCCCUGAAGAGGCUGAAGGGGAAGAGGAUCGGCGAGCUGCAGCCCCUGGGGCGGACGCUGCACCUGCUGGCCGCCCUGCAGAUCGACCCCAACCACAAGGUGGCCCGGGCCGCCCGGUCCUGCCUCAGCCGAGCCUCAGGCUGCAAGGCCUUCAGAACCAAGGUACGACCUGGUCAGAGCGACCACACAGCUGCGGUCAGGGCCAAGGUACGACCCGGUUGGGUCAGGGCCAAGGUACGACCCGGUCGGCUCAGGGCCAAGGUACGACCCGGUCGGCUCAGGGCCAAGGUACAACCUGGUCAGAGCGACCACACAGCUGUGGCACCGCACCGGGAUCAGCUGUGUGUAAAGAGAGAGAGAGAGAGAGAGAGAGAGAGAGAGAGAGAGACUGCCAAUGUGUGGAACAGUCAAGCAGUAGUGCUGGGGGCCCUCGGGGUAUACUGUACCAGUCUAGGCUUGUCACAGCUCUGUAAAUAAAAGCAUGAGGCUCAGAGAACUGAACGGCCUGUUCUGGCUGUGAAACAUUCCUGUUUCGUUACGUUCGACGCCAGGCUCAGCGCCUUAAAUGUUAAUGGUAAAGCAAUGCAAGCAUUCCUUGAGCGAGUGAUUAAGAAGAAAAAAAAAAAGUGUUCAUAAUUUGUUUUGAGUGCCUGAGGCCGUAUAACAGGGAUCUCAAACUCCAGAUUUCCUUUCAGAUCAGCAGCGAGCUCAGGCCUCCGAAACAAGGUGUGCAGACACUCUAGCCAAUCCGUGACUCAAAUGAAGCAGUUUAGUGCAGGAACACGUGAAAAACCAGCGGACGCAGCGGCCCUCCAGGACUUGAGUUUGAGAUCCCUGUAGUAUAAUCAGUGUAAAGGUGGACAUCUGCAGUAUCAUUGAUGUGAUUGUUUUUGCACUUUUUAUCCACAGGCUGAAGUGUAUUACACAGAGGUCGUGAGGGAUCAUUGGUGUGAUUGUUUUUGUGUUUUUUUUUUUUAAUCCUCAGGCUGUAGUGUAUUACACAGAGGUCCUCAGGGACGGAAAUGCAGAGCAGCAGCUAGCCGCCUGCCUGGCGCUACAGUGUCUGAGGGU